CAUUUCCAGAUUUGAAUUAAAGAGGGCUACUUUGACAUAACAUUAAGAUAAAAAGAAUACACACAGUAUCGCAACAAAAACAUGACAUGACAAACAUUCCACAAUAUAUCAAAUAUCACAGCCUAUUUGCCCUACCCUCUCUGCCUCACCUGCCCCAGGACCUCUGUAUUGUCUUUCUUUUUUACUUUUUUACUGCCCCUCCCUCCUGCCCUCCGCCCUCCUCUCUUCUCCGUGCUUCAGUCUCUCUACUCUCUCUUCGACAGGCUUCCCUCUGCCAGCUGAACAGGAAACAAGAGGCAGGUUCAAACUCGCCAAACACUGCAAUUAGACACACAACCGCACACUCGCACACACACACCCACCCACACGCUGCAUAAGGCGUCUCCGAUCAAACUUCUGAAUGCUGAAUUGAUUCUUCACACUCAGACGGAGAGAAAUGCAAGACAACUGAGAAGAGUGACAUAAGAAAGAGAGAAGAGUGAGAUGAAAACUUCCGAGCAGAAUCUGUGUGUCACUCAGAGGAAGGAUAAGGAGAAGAUCCGUCCUUGUGUGCACCUUUGUGUGCACGGAUAAGAUGACCAGCUGCUUUCCUGAUCGCGUGUGACCUUUGACCCCUGCUUGUCCUGAGUGUUAAGUGUGAGAAGGGCACGAGGCGCGCGGACACGAGGGGGACGAUGUCCUCCGCCGAGCUCGUCCUGGUGCUGUUCCCGUACGAGUACGAGGCCAAGGACGGCAGGCUCGUCACCAUCCAGCAGAACGACCGCUACAUCCUAGUCAACCGAACCAAUGACCACUGGUGGCACGUGCGUGAGAACCUCGACACCAAACCCUUCUACAUCCCAGCCCGGUACGUCAGGAUACUGGACCCAAACACCGACCAGGUCUCCCUAAAUACCUCUUCAAAUGCCUCUGAGCGAGAUGGCGCUGCAGAUGUGCUCAAAGAUGAGACGGCACCGUCGGUUCUACGCCAACCUGAAGGAGAGGUCACGCCCUGCUGGUUAACCCCAACAGAGGAAAAGACUGAAGUGGAGUUAGCACCUCCACUGAGGGAGUUAGCACCUCCUCUGAGGGAGCCAGAGAGUAUUUACCAGACCACAGAAUGGGCGCCUGGCGUGCCUCAGUCCUCCUCAGAGCCCGGACAUGACUGUUUAGACUCCUGGCAGCGGCAGGGCAGGGAUGAGGGGGGCCACAGUGGGGGCCCUACCUCUGGAUCCGCAGCAGCGGAGGAUGAGGACAGCGACAUCUCCGAACCUCAUCCAGCUGGACCACAUCCCUCUCAGGACCUUGGAGUUCCUGUGUGGGAGGAUCACAUAGAGUCAAGCCCAGGCCUACCGGAGACAAAGACUGGCGCUUCACCACAAGACGCUGGGAGCGGGCCUACCUUGGACCUCGCGGAGGACAGGAUUUACGACAACAUCGAGAGCGUUGAGUCGGAGCUGGGCCUUCGGGAGGUAAAGCCAGCCCCUGCUGAGCCUCGCGCAGAGACCCCGGUGACUGACACGACGCCUGCCGUCACUGAGAAGGACACAAGCCUAGAGACCACGGUCACUGAGACAACGCCUGCAGCCAUUCAGAAGGACACAAGCCCAGAGUCACUCGUGGAGAGCGUGCCACCACCUGCAGCCGACCAGCACGUAGUGCGCAGCGGGCUGAAGCAGGAAGUGUGCAGAGAAAGGCAGAGUGAGCGCGGGCGCUCAGAAUAUCCCAACGGCUCGGUGUCCCUCCUGUCCUCAUGUCCUCAUGUCCUCUCCAGGGUUCCCACGGAGUAG